AUGAAGAAGUACAACGUACAUCAUCGGGUUGCAACUCCAUAUCAUCCCCAAACUAGCGGGCAAGUCGAGGUGUCAAACCGUGAGUUGAAGAGAAUAUUGGAAAAGACGGUGAAUGGGUCCCGAAAGGAUUGGUCCUUAAAGCUAGACGAUGUUUUGUGGGCAUACCGGACGGCUUUCAAAACACCGCUUGGUAUGUCCCCUUUUUGUAUUGUCUAUGGAAAGGCGUGCCACUUACCGGUAGAACUAGAGCAAAAGGCUUAUUGGGCCAUUAAAAAGUUGCAUUAUGAUUUCAAGGCGGCGGGUGAGAAGCGCAUGUUACAACUCAAUGAAUUGCAUGAAAUCCGAUUCAAUGCUUAUGAGAAUGCUAAGCUCUAUAAGGAGAAAACAAAAAGGUGGCAUGAUGCUCAUAUUUCACCCAAGACUUUUGAGGUGGGAGCCUUUCUGUUGCUUUACAAUUCAAGGUUGAGAUUGUUCCCGGGAAAAUUGAAAUCUCGGUGGAGUGGGCCUUUCAAGAUCCGGAAAAAGAUAGAAAAAAUUCAAUUCCUCUCAGUUAUGGGUGUCUCGAUCGAGACAGUCAUUGAAAGAACUAUCUCGAUCGAGACAAGAGGAGAAAUCGAGGCAGUAGCUAUUGGGCUACUAGUGUCUCGAUCGAGACACACACCAAACCCAGGUGUCUCGAUCGAGACAAUCAUUAAAGAGGGGGAUUGA